AUCGGAGCAAGGGUUCAAGACACGGAGACCAACGAGGAAUUCACGAUUCAUUCGAAGGUGGUCGUCAAUUGCACUGGCCCACUAGCUGACCGUGUGCGUAAGAUGGACCACGAAGAUGCACAGCGUCUAUUGACACCUGCAGCAGGGGCCCACAUAGUGCUACCUCAUUGGUAUACCCACAAGACACCAUUUGGUCUGCUGUUGCCUGAGACAAGCGACGGCCGCGUGCUAUUCCUCUUGCCUUGGGAGGGCCGCACAGUGGCAGGAACAACUGACGCUCCCGUGCUAGAGGCGGCCGAUCCCAGACCCAAAGAAAGCGACGUCGACUUUCUUGUCAAAGAACUCUCAGCCUACUUGAAGGUAGACCCCGUCCAAAUGAGGUCCGCCCACGCACAGCCGGCGUCUAGGGUCUAG